CUUGGCUCAUUAGAUGGAGACCGAGUCCCUUAGGGAGUUGGCGCAGGGUCCCUACAGCGGCUCCCGGCGGUUGUGAGCCACCGUCCAACACCAAAGGCCCGCGACGCGCCCCAACCGGCUCGCUCGAGCGGCCGCCCCGGAAGUGACGCGGAGCCCCGCUGACCUUGCGGAAGUGGAGAUGGCGGAGCUCUACGUGAAGCCGGGCAACAAGGAGCGCGGCUGGAACGACCCGCCGCAGUUCUCUUACGGACUGCAGACCCAGGCCGGCGGACCCAAGCGCACUCCGCUCACCAGGAGGGUCGCCGCGCCCCAGGAUGGCUCCCCCAGAGUCCCCACCUCAGAGACUUCCCCUGGGCUCCCCCCAGUGAGGCCUCCACUUCCUUCAAGUAAGGCUCCCAGGUCCCCACCUGUGCGGAUUUGUCCUGCCUCUGGUGCGGAGUCCACAAGUUUCCCAGUCAUCAGAUCUGAGGCUCUGAUGGAGGAUGUGCUGAGACCUUUGGAACGGGCAUUGGAGGACUGCCGUGGCCACACAAAAAAGCAGGUAUGUGAUGACAUCAACCGACGCCUGGCACUGCUGCAGGAACAAUGGGCUGGAGGGAAGUUGUCAAUGCCUGUAAAGAAGAGGAUGGCUUUACUAGUGCAAGAACUUUCAAGCCACCAGUGGGAUGCAGCAGAUGACAUUCACCGCUCACUCAUGGUUGACCAUGUGACUGAGGUCAGUCAGUGGAUGGUGGGAGUUAAAAGAUUAAUUGCGGAAAAAAGGAGUCUGUUUUCAGAGGAGGAAGCCAAUGAAAUGAAUUCUGCGGCUACAGCUGAGAACCAGACCAUACCAGGCUUUCAUCAGACUCCAUGAUCCUGUGGGUUCCCCAGACCCAUCUGACACUAUCUGCUAUGUCUUGGUGUGGGAGGCUUUUUCUCACCUGGUUCCUUCUUACCACCAGAGAGACUGUCCCAUUGGGCCUGAACCUGCUCUGUGGGUAAAGGUCCCACCUAGGCCACAAGAAAAUCACAUGUUACCCAUUGACAUAUGCAUUUCAAUAAAAACAACUCAGUGGUGGACGUUGGUUGGGAGAAAUGAGCCCUUCCUAUGUCAAAACUA